UGUGAGUUUCCCGUGGAGCACCGGGACCAGAACCCGCGGAGGACCAGCCGAACAUCCCGGCAUGCUGCUCUCCAGUCUGGGGACGUGAGGCUCCCUCAGUGAUGGAUGCGUGGCGCUCCGCUGUGACGCGCAGUGGGCAGGUUUGGCGCACAUCGCGCCUGUGGAUGAGAUGAUCCGGUUCGCGGCUGAACCAUGAAGUCCCUCGGCGUGCCAUGCCUCCUGCGCUCCGUCCUCCAUGGGAUGCAGUAGAUGGAGAGCUGCGCUCAACUUCGGACACCUGAAGGCGCAGUCCAGGCUGCCCGUCUUCCUCACCAUGAUCCUCCUCUUCACUUACCUCUGCUACUGUCUCAGCAGCCGCUGCGACGCGCUGCCCCGGCCGGUGUUCAGCAUCGGCGCUCCGGCGGCCGAGCGGCUCCUGGGCUCCCCGGUGCCGCUGCUCCGGCACCGGCUGGCGGACUCCGCCGGCGGCCUGCGGCCUCCCGACAACAUCUCCGUCUCCAAUAACUUCGGCAGCAAGAAGUUCCCGCAGGCCAUCAUCAUCGGGGUGAAGAAGGGCGGAACCCGGGCGCUGCUGGAGUUCCUGCGGGUCCACCCGGACGUCAGAGCCGUGGGCGCUGAGCCGCACUUCUUCGACCGCUGCUACGACAAGGGGCUGGGCUGGUACAGGAGUUUAAUGCCUCGGACUCUGGAGGGUCAGAUCACCAUGGAAAAGACUCCAAGUUACUUCAUCACCAAAGAAGCUCCGCGGCGCGUCCACGCCAUGAGCCGCCACACCAAACUCAUCGUGGUGGUGCGUGACCCAGUGACCCGGGCCAUCUCUGAUUACACCCAGACGCUGUCCAAAUCUCCUGGGCUUCCAUCGUUCCAGAACCUCGCCUUCCGCAACGACAGCGCGGCGCUCAUCGACACGUCCUGGAGCGCCGUACGCAUCAGCAUCUACGCCAAGCACCUGGAGAACUGGCUGCGCUACUUUCCUCUGUCGCGCUUCCUGUUCGUAAGCGGGGAGCGGCUGGUGACAGACCCAGCGGGGGAGAUGGGCAGAGUCCAGGACUUUCUGGGCCUCAAACGCGUGGUGACGGACAAACACUUCUACUUCAACCAGACCAAAGGUUUCCCCUGCUUGAAGAAGCCUGAGGGCAGCAGCCGGCCGCGCUGUCUGGGGAAGUCGAAGGGCAGACCGCAUCCUCAGAUACCGACUGAGGUUCUGCUCAGGCUCAGAGACUUCUACAGACCCUUUAACCUCAAGUUCUACCAAAUGACCGGCCAAGACUUUGGCUGGAGCUGAACCACCAAACAUCUUCCAUCGGUCAACGCCAGGCUGGUUGUGAAGCUUUUCCAAAGAGACUUUUAGGUCCUCGAGGUCCUUGCAGAAGUUAUUCUUAUGUCUUGAUUCCACUGAGCGGUACGAUACGGGUCGGCUUGGUUCUGUAUUUUAUGCCCGGUGUAUUCACCGCCACGGGGCCGGCGGGGUUAGACCCAAACACCCAACCUGAUGUCAUAACACUAGUGUCUCUCUGAGUAUCGCAAACAGUGACGUUUUUCUGUCGUCCAAUCAAAGGGCUGCGUUGUGUGACAUCAGCAGUUCCUCCCUAACCGGACCGGACCAGAUCAUUGUUCUCUGGACCUAGACCUGACGGAGGUCUAGGAAUGGUGCGGUACCGGUCGGUUGUUUGGGUCUAGAAACAGACAGAACAGCAGCGAUGAAAAACAAUCAAUUCUCAUAAAAGUCCGAUUCAGAAUCACUUGAAAAAAAUUGAAAAUAAAUCCGCCGUCUGUGCACCUCCAUUUUGUAACCUUCUGACGUCGCUACGGAGACGGUACUGGAACAUACCACAAAGCACCAACACAGAGAGAAAACUAGGAAAACCAAAGAGAGAGAUUCAACCGGCCCCGAAACAUUUGGACUCCGCUAAUGGUCGGAGCUAAGCUACGACGUUCCCUCCAUUACAGAGCUUUGGGAGGUGGGCUGUGAUUGGUCAGAGGGUUGUGGGCGGGGCUUUAUCUGCAGACGACACAAAUACUUUUAAGGAACGUUUAUCCAACUUGGUGAGGGAAAGAUCAACAGUUUUGCAAUUCUUUACUAAUAACCAAAAAUGAACAACUCCUGGACGGAAAUGGCAACAUCAGAAGUUUCAGUUGUUUGGAAUCAAAAAUUGAUUUUGAAUCAAAGGUGAGCUAGUAAAAGGUUCCCACUCCAAUAAACUAUAGUACCGACCCGACCCGAAACGAGGUGUUAUAACCUCGUUUAAGCUAGUAGUUCUUGAGCCAUGUUAGUAAAGCUGAAGUCCUAGUCAAAUCCCUCAGAACCACUGAGAAGCACAAGCCACAGAGACACACACUACUUUAACAGUUGUUCAAACUUCCAACUUCAAAGAGCUGAAAGUACGAUGACCUGUCAAAAUAAAAGCACACAAACAGUUAAUCUGUGGGUCAAAGGGCUAAUGGACCCGAACAGAACCACACAAACCAAGGGAGGCACUUAGAGUCAUGGUACUAUCACAAUAAAAGCACAUAGUUUGGGAAUCAGCUGCUCACUUCCACAUCUACAGUUAUAUGGAAAAAUCAUUUUAAUAUUUCAAACUGAAGAACUUUUAAAGUUUAUUUCUUUAUGAAUUAAGGAAGUACUCCUGGUCCAAACAGGUUCUGACAUGCAAACUGUGCUGAACGUUUCCUCUUGCUUUGCAUAUUUACAGACCUGAACAAAAACUCCCAGCUGUUUCCUGACUGACUGGCCUGGUGCUCAUAUAUGCAACUUUGUAUUUUUGUAAAAACCUAAUUUAUUAGAAAACAAAGUGUUGUAGAGGCGUUUUUGUCUGAGAAUUUUGUAUCUGAUUUUCUUAUUUAAGUGAAAUUGUGACUAAAUCUUUUUACCCUGA